GCAGCGCCACAGCUCUCUGACCUCGCACGGCCAACGGCAUGGUCGUUCAUUCCACGCCGCGACUCAAAAUUUUGGGCUUAGACAACUACGCCGACUUCAGUCUGACCUAAGCAUAGUACAUAAAAUCAUCUGCCACAAUGUCCUUCUUGUCAAUGACUACUUCAGCUUCAACCACAACAAUACAUGAGCACACAAUAGAUACAAACUCAAGGAAAAUACUUACUUUUGCAAACUUAGAACUCAGUCAAGGGACAUUGGAAAAUAAAAUAUGUUAAAUCACUAUUUGAAGAUCAAAGAAAUUGUGAUUGAUUUCCAGUGCAAAUAAUUAUUUUCCUUGGUAAGUUGUUGAUUUAAACUAAGUGCCUCAUAUUUCCUUUGUGUAGUUGUCCCAUGGACUAUUUUGGAACAUCUGUUAACAAGAAAUUAAACAUAGUCUACUGCUAUGUUUGUGUGAUGCUUCUAUAAAAUAUGUAAAUUAGUAAUGAUAAGCACAACUUCUUGUGGCAAUGGAUUUUACUUUGAGUAAAACAAAAAUAUCUGAAUACACUCAUAAUAGUUUAACUGAAUGAAUAACCCGUUGGCAGGUGAAUCAUAAGUUCUUCCAAGUAGCUGCAUUGAAAGAGUUAUGCCCUCAGAAGCUUAUAUCCUGAUUGCUCUUUAAGUAUAUUUAGCAUGUAAAGUAUAGAACAGCUUUGUUGUACUUUAACAAGAUGCAGCUGGCUGACAUAUGGAGAGCUACUAGAAAAGCAUCAGUUCUUGUUUCAUUAUACAGCUGAGUGCACAAGGAAACACAACACUUUAUGCUGUGCAAGAAGUUGCAUUCAGUCAUAGUUCCUCAGUUUUGCAGUAAAUAAUAAAAUAACUGAGUUGGAAACGACCUUGGAGGUCUUCUAGUCCAACCUUCUGCUCAGGCAGGAGACCCUAUACCAGGGCUGUCAAACUUGCAGCCCACAGGCAGGAUGCGUCACAUGCUGGCCACGCCCAUGCCGGAUUUAGCAAAGAGGAAAAAAAGUUGCGAUACGCCCUAUACUGUUUCAAACAAAUGGUUGUCCCAUUUCUCCUUAAAAACCUUGACUGUUGGAGCACCCCCAACUUCUGGAGACAAGCCAUUUCCCUGAUACAAUUAAUCAGUGUAAUCUUAACUGUCACAAAAUUUCUCCUUAGUUCUAGGUUAGUUCUCAAGGCAUUUGUUAAGAAUACAGACUGCUAGAUCUUCAAUAUCUUCUGUACCUUAUAAAUAGCACAGUUGGCUAAAAUGACUGCCAAAUCUAUUGAAUCUACUAUCUCAAUAUAUUACUUAUAAAAGUAAUAUGCAACAUAAAAAUACAUAGUCUCCAAAUUUAGGUAGAGUAUACUUCAGGUACUUAAUGAGAUUUUCUUGUCCUGUUUCUGGACUUUUUAGAGAUUUUAGAAAUAGAAUCCAGGAUUAUAUAUUUUGUUUGUUUAAUCUGUGAAGUAACAGAGUAACAAGGUAGCUUCUUUCCACUGUUCCUCCUGCAGUUAGCUUUUUAAAAGUUUAUUGCUCGUCUAUAUUUUCUACCAAUAAAAGGCUCGGCACAAUGGGCCAUUGUUUACUCAUGGUUAUUUGCUCGGUUUAAGGCUCAUUGAAUUUUUUAUCCAUGAUUUUUGCAAUAACGCUAUAGUUAGGGGAUUAUUUUUUCUCUCUGUUUCUCUUUGGUUAGCAUGUGAGCAGAUGUUGACAGGCAAAUGACAAAUCUUUAAAAAGUAAAUGCAGUUGGGUGGUAGUGGUGGGUAGGAUUGGACACCUUGGUUUUUUAAGUGAAGCCCAAACUUAGAAGUCUUUUGGGGCUGGUAAAAAUAUUUGGAAUAUUGACAAAACAUCCUGGUAAUUUUCACAAAAUGGCUGCCAUGGAGGAUUUGAGCAGUUACAAGUUAUUCAUUUCUCGGGAGUAAUAACACUUAUGUAUAAAUACAAUAUACAGGUUAAAACUACCUUUUCUGUAAAUUUAGAUGUCAAAUAACAAAAAUAUUUUUUUUAAAAAGCUUCAAUGUUAGCAACAAAUUGUGAUCUCAAGGUUAUGGGGAAAAUUAGAUGAGUUACCUCUACAUUUCAAGAUGAUACUGUCUUUACCAUAACUGAUCUAAACACAGAGCUGCAGUAGUAGAAAUCUGGUGUUUCCUUGACAACUGAUAAAAACACAAGUGCAUAAAAACCAAGAUAGAAGGAUGCGGCACUCAUAAAUAGCGUGGGUUGGGACAGCAGUAGCUUAAUCUGUUGAGGUUACAUGUAAAGUAAGGAGAGAAAAGACUUGUGAGAAGAACAGUUAUAAACUUUGUAGCAUUUGGAUUGGAUCUACAAAAAAAUCAAGGAGGCAAGAGUCUGACCAAAUCUGAGUAUGAUUUGGUGUGCUUAAGAUUAAGAAAAAGAAAGCUGGAGAAAAAGAUGAUGAUUCCGGAUUACUCUUUUUCGUUGUUCCUCCUGUGCUGUCUCAAAGAACCCUAAAACUCCUCUUUGGCCUAUGGACUUGGUCAUCUAAAGAUAGGCCCAAAUACAGUGUUGGAACAUCUAAAGGAAAUGGAGGACCAGAGACUUCCUUGUCCACCUGUUUCCUUAGAAGACCCACCAGUUCAGCUCUCCUGCCUUCAGGCCAUUCCAACAGCAUCAGAUCUCUUGCUGAGUCCCAUGAUUCUUCAGCCAGAACAAGCACUUGCUCAAACUGUUUAUUUAAAAGCGCUAACUAUUCCUUUUUAUCAGCCUGUUCAAUCAAACCAUAAACUUUCCAGAGUCCAGACAAAUAUCAACAUAGACAAUAGUAAUUUACCUUUAAUCCUCAAUCCACUUUUGCAUUCGAAAGGGACAGAUCAACUUCAGGCAAUCAUUCAGAAGCAACCCAGUACAAUAAACAUAGUUAGUCAUUUUUCACUUUUGCCACAAAGUUCUUCUCCAGGUGCAUCAGCUGGAAGCCCAGGGAAGGCCAAAGGUUCUGGGAAGUACCUGUGUAAACAUUGUGGGCGUGACUGUCUGAAGCCAAGUGUCCUUGAGAAACAUAUGCGAUCACAUACAGGUGAGAGGCCUUUUCCAUGUACAACAUGUGGCAUUGCGUUUAAAACUCAAAGCAAUCUGUAUAAACACAGGAGAACUCAGACCCAUGUCAAUAAUGCCAGGGUGCCUUCAGAAUCUGAUAUCAGUAGUCUAUUAGAAGAGAAUGAGAAGCUGACCGAGAUAGUUGCGUCCUCCCACACCAUAGAAUCUCAUGAUAAAAAUGAUGUCCAGCCAAGUGCCAGGAUUACAUCUGCUGCUUCAGAGCCCAGUGACAAACAUAUUCUUGCUACUUCGUUAUUUGAAACGCUCCCUGUUUCGGAAAGUCAGAAGAUAAAAACGGGUAACUCCUGCCAUGGAGAAAUAAAUCAGAAUAUCUUUGAAAAAGAGAGCGCCAGAGACGCCACAGAUCUACCUCAGAGAAAGAAGAUCCAGGAUCAGAGGUCUCCAACAGGAAGCAAACAUAGUCAGCUACAGAGACAGCAAGCUCUGUAUUCAGAGAAGCUAUGGAACAGCAGAUCUGUGGACACCAAGCUAAAAAAGUGUGAGAGCACCGACUCUGGUUAUCUGUCACGCUCUGAUAGUGUGGAACAUCAGACACCCUCACCUGGCUUCCUGCACAGUCUUUGCGAACAUAGCACAGAGUCAGAAGAUGAUGCAGCUGUCACCAGUAAAUGCAUGACUUACAGUUUCUCAAAAGUAGAUUCAACUGAGAAAGCAACAGGAGCUGUAACCCUGGAGAAAAAAAGAUUGGAAGAGCAUAUCUCAAGGCUAAUAUCUCAUAAUAAAGCAGUUGUGGAUGACACCCAGUUGGACAGUGUUAGGCCCAGGAAAACGGUUCUAUCCAAACAAGGAAGCAUUGAUUUGCCAAUGCCUUACAUGUACAAAGACUCAUUCCAUUUUGAUAUACGGCCUCUGGACAUCAGCAAGAAAAAGAAUAUUUCUCUGCGCUCAGCCAAAUCUAUCUUCACUCCUGCGGAAAAGACUAAGCCAUUGUUUUUUCACUCAGUUCCCACUCAAUUCUCAACAACAAUUGACUGUGUGCCUGUUACAAGAAGUAACUCCCUGCCUUUUAUUGAGAGUACAAAGAAGAUGCAGGAUCAGGCAGAUAGUUCAAAAUUGUCUUCUUUCACUAGAGUAUCCCCAGAUGUAGGUUUUUCUGGCUUGUUGCAUAGCAGCAAUUUAGACACAAAUAUGACAAAUGUUCUUAACAGCCACCCCCGGGCACUUGUUAGACAGGUGGCAGUAGAUGAUGUGCCAUUAAAUUAUAUGACUGAAUCUUUGCCCUCUUUAGAGGAGAAAAAAGGUAAACAGAAAUCUGAAGCUGGGGUGGAAGGAGUGAACAGCAAGAAUAAGAAACCCAGUCAGAGAAAAUUAAAAAUGUUUUCUCAGGAAAAAUGGCAAGUUUAUGGGGAUGAGACAUUUAAGAAAAUUUAUCAGAAGGUGAAAAGCAGUCAACCAACCAAAAAACAAAAAGGUCAUUUAACAAAUGUUUCAAACAUUUAUUCAGAUACCAAGGAAACUGCCUGUGGGAAGGAAGUUACAUUGUCGAGAGAAGGCCGAAGCUCUGAAACUGGAAACGUAAUUUCAUCAUUAGUAGAUGGUACUGCAAAAGCAAAUCCUGACACAUUGGAAAGUCAUUCCAAAACUAACCCUGUUGGUCACCCUACUUUUUCUCAGGAGAAUUCAGGACGAUUGGCAGAAUUAAGAGAAACCUUGUGUUCAGUUGGUGAUUGUGAACAACACAGCAUGGCAAGUGAAAUGUCAUCUGUUGAACAUCAAUGCAGAGACUUGCAUGUUUCAAAACACAACCAGAGUGGCAAUAGUAAAGCUUUGCCUUUAAGUAAAGGCUGUGAAUUGAAAGUCCACUUUAAGGAAACUCAGCUGAACUUUGCUACUCGGCAUGAUCAUGACUUAGAAGAUGCACAUGGACACAUUACUGAAUGUGUACAAAAAUACGAGGAUACUGCAGCUAAUAGAAAAGGAUGCAGGGGGAAAGAAACUGCCCACCUUGGACACACAGCUUUAUCGGCACCACAGUGCAACACCAGUGAGCUGGCGUAUGAAUCUCAGAAGUUACCCUCAGAAAGGAAGAAGCCUAAGGUGGAUAAACUGAAAAACAUGGAAAAUAUAACAUUUAAAAAUAGUAGUUCAACCGAGUUGGUUGUGAAACUGAUAGACUGUUAUAAUCUUAACAUAGUUGCUGCAGAAUCAGCAAAGGACUCAGCUAAGGGGAAAAAAUGGACAGUAAUGGUAGGAACACCUGCUUCAGGUAGCAGUAUGGAAUGUGAGGAAGAAAUCCAACAUUCUAUAACAGUAUCUAAUGAUAGGGAUUGUAUUGUAAGUCUAACAGAUACAGCAAGUAUAUCUGCAACCACAUUUCCUGAACAAUUCAAGACUGAUGUAACAGAGGAACACACCAGUAAUUUGUUUGCAAUAAAAAAAUUCGCAUCUCGCACAGCAACAGAAGAAUUAUCAAACUGUAUAGACUCAGCACCAACCCACACUCAGCAUGUGGUAAGAAAUCAAGUGAUUUCUCAUCUAAAAAAAAACGAUUUUCUUCCAAAGUACAUCUUAAAAUAUUCACAAGAAGGAAACAAUAUAGGUGUGCCAUUGUUUCUUACAAGAGAGCCAGAAAAUAUACCAUAUGUUUCAUUGCCAAGCAGCUCAACCAUUUCCCCAUAUCCUGCUUGUAAAAAUAAACUACUUGAUAGUAAUUCCAUUGAUGUAACUUUGUGCCCUUUGCAGUUGGAUCUGAGGCAUCCAGCCAGAAGAAAAGAGCUAAAAUGGGACUUGCACACAACAUGGACACCCUUGAUAGCUCCUGCACCAACUCUCCUUGAAGCAACAACAAUUGCAACCAUGGUAGAUAAAAAAUGUCAUUUUCAAAGUGCAAGCAGGAAAGUUAAAGAUACAUGUAAAGGAGACAGUAAAGACAACUUAGAUGAUCAAAGAUUGACAACAAAAGAGGAUGAAUGUAUAGUUUCUUGCACAUCACACAUUCCUGGGAGGAAAGUAUGCUUUACCACAAUUUAUACAGGAGGGCUUUUCUUAUCAUCAGACAUGACUGGGCAAAAUUCAGCCUUAAAGUUAAUACAAUCAGCAAAGAGUUCAGUAAUUUCACUCUCUUCAUUGGUGGAAAGGGCAGUUUUGUGUGAUAGUAGUGAAAAGGAAGUCAAGGAAUGGCAAUUGGAGACUAACCCUUUACCAGGAUUUGAAAACUUGCCCACCUGUUCAGUUAGCAGUCCAAAAUGUCUUUGCCACUCUUCCAAUAUGCUUUAUUGUCAUGUGCUGUGCACUCAACCAAAGGAGAUUUGCUCUCGGCCCCAAUUAAGCAUAGAAUCUCAUGCAGGAAACUUACAAAUCCCAAGUCUGAAUCUAUCCUUCCCAACUCUAAAUGCGGAGCCUCAGCUGACUUGGUGUUGCUUGUCAAGAAGCCUCCCACUUCCUAUUGAGCAAAAGGAAAUGAAAGAUUCUGCAUAUUCUUCUUUGUAUAUGAAUGAAAACUUCAUUUCAAAAUGUGGACAGUCCAUCUGCAAAAUGAAAAGCCAUGGGAAGGCUGCUAGGGAAGGCUGGGGAAUUGAAAAACCCCAAACACUGGUCUCUUCUCCACAAAGGCAUGAAACAGAGAAGAAGUACUUUUUAAAUACUGGUGCUCAGGAGGUUUCCAAAAGCAUCCCAGAACUAGAAAAGAAAAAAGAAAAAUUUUACAAAAGGAGAGAAAAGAGAAACUUAAAAAGGAUAAAAGUGAAGAUCAACCCCAAGAGACAUGAAGAUCAUCACGCACAAAGACAUCGUCUUCUCAGAAGCCACCAGUCAAGCAAGCAAUGCUGGGCCUUGAGGACUUCCAGAAAGCGUUCCCACAUCAAUGCUUCUGGCAUUUGGGAGCAUUGUGGAAAAUGCCAUUGUUUUCCAACGACUUCACUAGGAAAUGACAAAAAUCUGCAACAGCUACAUUACAGCUCAACGGAUAAAGUAGCUUUCCAUUUGGAAGAGGAUAAGAUGAAACAAGACACACCUGGACUUAACAAAUGCUCAAGUGACAGCUUAUUUCUUCCAAGAAUUUCUACAAUCCGAGAAGUACCUACAUACUCCUGUCCACUGUCUAAUAAUGUAUCAGCAGAAAAACCCAGCAGUCUAGGUAGUUGCUCCUUGGAAAUCUUUCCAAAAGAACAACACCCAGAUGUAGAUUCUGAGUACAACAGACCGUCUACUGAACCUUAUCAUUUGGAAUUCAAAGAUACAAAGAACCAGCUGUGUAACUUUGUUGGAUCUCAGAUUACUAGACCUUUUUUUGUUUGUUCAAAAAGAGGCUGUAAUAACUUAGAAUCAAAGGAUAAAAAUGUUAUCAUUCUAGAGCCCCCCAUUCCUACUACAGAAAGAACAGAACAAUUAAUGGAGAGAGAUUUGUAUCCUUCUUUAAAAGAGCAACAUGCUCCCACAUGCCAGAGUCUAUGUCCUGUUUCGCUCACAUCAAGACUUACCGAGAUGUCAGUUUCAACUAAAUCCUUACCUGGAACGCCAUCUAAACAAAAGCAAAGCUUGGAAGCAAUGAAUAAGCCAAUUCAUUUGGAAUACGAUGACAUAAGCAGCAGUGAUGAUGAAGACAGGUUGGUUAUAGAAAUCUAAGGAAUAAGUUACGUAUUAUUUAAAGCAGAGCUCAAUAUGAAGGGGUAGCCAUCAUCAACCUACCUUUCUCUUGUAUCUUAAAAGUCAAAAACGACGUCUGUGCAAAUAUUUGCCAAGGAUCUGGGCUUCUUUACAAGUGCAAUUAGUUGCACAUUUAAAUCCCAAGGAGUUCACUACAUAAUUUCUCUUCAUCAAAUUAUCUAUACAAUCGCAUUUUAUCACUUUCUCUAUUUAUACCUCAGAAAGUAGACUAAGAAUCACUUUGCCUCCUUUGAGAAGUGGAAAGUUAGCCCUGAAGAUAGGAAAGCAACUUGUUUUCUCAGCUGCUCUGUGCUGCUUAUUUAAUCUUAACUUUUCCUUUCCUCAAUUUUGCAUGAAAUCAGUGUCCUUAAAUCACUUUGCAGCAUUUUUUGUAUUGCACAAAUAUUCCCACAUCUCUUCUGGCAAACAACUCAAGCAUGCAUUGAUUUGUUUUGUGCCUUUUCUGUAGAGACCUGUACAUAUUUCCUUAUCUCUUUGAUAUAAUGUUACCUUUUCUACAAUAGGAAGAUAUUCUUUGAACUUGUUUCUCAGGUCAGUUGGGGAAAAUAUUUAUUAUGCCAAAUGAAAAUGCAUAGCUUUGUCAAAAAGAACUGAAAGCAUAAACAAGUACUUUCUUCCCUUUACAUACAUGUCAAAUCUGUGCACUAGGGUGGCAGUUAAACAUUUGCCCAAUUGAAAAUCAUGCACUUUCCUAAACACACUUCCAUUGCAUUAGAACACUUGUGAAGCAAUGAUCAUUUGGAGCUUAACUGUACUAUUGUAUUAUAUUUGUUUUAUAUUUAAUAUUUCAUAUACCUUAACAAGCUAUUAAAACUUUCAUGUAAAAUUCAUAGGUGCCUUUCUUUGAGCAGGAGACAGAUUAAGCAUUUGUAGGUUGUUCCUAAUAUGCUGGCCCAGUAAGGCAAUAGAGAAAAAACACAUUUCUGCAAAAUUAAAGCAGAGAAGGAUGAGCCUUCUGCUGAAUGUAUUAAUACUGAAAAUGAUGUUUAAUCAUCCGAAUUACUGAAAUGCCACCAUAUAUUAUUUCUUGAAACUGGAGAUAUGACCCAUUAUAAAAUAUAUUGAUCUUUAUGCUUAUGUAUAUAGUAUCUUUCUAAAUGCCUUUCUACAAUCUAAUUUCUUUUUAAAAAAUGCAACACGGGGUCAAAAGUCCAUGGCACAGAACAGUCACACUCUAUGAACUUUGAAAAGCAGGUAGAUGGCUUCUGAAAGCUUUCCAGUUAAUAUUUUGGCUGCUUUUACAUAAUGCCUGAAAUUAGCUUUUAUCUUUAUGCACUCCAUAAAACUUUUGUGUACUAUAACGGCAGAACACAAUAAUGGCUUAAAAACUGUACAUAGUCUUGAAAUACAGAUGGAAAGGGAUGAAAUAUAUUAUUUACAGUGACUGGCUUUCUUUAACCUUCAGUUACUAUAGCCUUAUGACUCAGUGUGAAAUUCACUCCUUACUUUUGCAAUAUUUAUUUUGCCACAUCCAUAGAUGGAGAAACUGGACAGAGAAGGGGCAGAAUAGAAACCACAGCCUUAAGCCCACGUGGAAGUCAAAGUUUGUCAACAUAAAAACUACUGAUCAUCUCCUCUACCCUCAUUUCUAAAAUUUCACAGGCACAGCUGUUUUCUAUUGGACUCAAUUUUUAAUCUGAACCUGCAUUGUUAGCCUCAACCCAGCCCUUGAUUGCCCAAAUGGGCUGCUGAUCCAUUCUUGUUGCAUAGCAAUGGGAAGGCUGGCAAGACUAUACAGAAGAGGGAAUUGUGAGUUGGAGUUCAGUUGCCAUGGCAAUAGGGAUGAGCAGAUCCUGGUUGUUUCCCUGGAGAUGGCAUACAAAUGGGUAGCCCACAGAGCCUCCAUGUGGGUAUUUGGAAUCAAAUUGAUAGCGGAAUCCAGAAAAACAUUUUGUGUUGCAUCAGCUUUGUGCUUUUUGCAUAAAAUCACUCUGUACAAAGUCACUCUGGAAUCCCUUGGGAUUUUUUAGGCAGAAUGUACAAUAAUGCAAAAUGUUUCAAGUUUUGUUGCUGCUGAAUCAUUACCGAUUUGAAAUUAUUCACCAGAAUAACCAAAGCACAAGGAUUCUGAGUUUAGAAGAAUUUCUUUUUGUUCAUGCACUUCCUUUGCAGGCAAAUAUUUCAGUCUUUAUUUCCCUCUGAAUAUUUUUUCAGUUAAAAUGCCAAAUAAAUAUACAACUAACUAUACUCUGGCAAAUAUUUUGUCUUACUAAAAUGCUUCCUGUGAAUUUCUGUGCUUCUACAUUCUUACAGAUGUGAGUAAUUAAUUAACAUUAAUUAAAAUGGUUACAAAAAUUUAAAAUGUUCCAGAAUUAGCAUUAACCUGUUUUGGAAAAAGAAUCAUUUAUACAAUAUUCAGAGAUUAUAAUGUGAAUUGAUGUGAUCCACCCAUAUUUUGUCCCAGAAAAUAGCCUUAUUAGUGAAUACUAUAAUCAAUACCAUUUGACUGUGGUACAAGACUUGUAAUCAGUCAAAUGUAACUGAACUUUCUUUUCGAGAAACAAAGCAUAUCAAAACAAUGAAAUAUGUUAUGAUACUGCGCUAUUCUCGUUCAACAUAAUUUUUACAUCACCCCUCCCUUAAGAAGAAGGCAACACAGUAGAACAACUGAAAUAAUAUGAUGGCCAAAUAUAGAAUGUUUUGAAUGAAUUAUAGCACAAGCAUAAAAAUACAAAAACUUCACAUAUUAAAAAAGAAGCAAAUGACACUUAGCAGGUGAGACAUUUGCUUUCUGGCAUAUUUCAGUUUUGCCUGCUCGCUAAAAAACAUUUGGAUCUUAUCUAGGUGGAGCAUAAAUAGUUACUCUUCAAAUUGUAAUACAGCAACCUGUUCAAAAUAACCAGGAUGGUUAGAAAAGCAGUGAAGAUUUAUUUCCUGCAUCUGUAUUAACCACUUCCGUAAUACUUACAGAACUUAAAGCUGUAACAUACAAGAAUAAAAAACAAAGACUUUAAAAAUAUAGACAAUACAUUGAAAAUGUAUUACUUUUUUAAAAUAAAAAGUCAUCUUUGUAUACAUGAACAUAAGUUAAAUUUCAUUUCCAGGUUGAAACCAAUUAUUUGGAUGUGCUCUAAUUUGAUUUGUAGAUGUGUUUCAUCUGUUCACCCUAGUGGAUCUGAGCCAAGAAGGUAGGUGAACAAUAUUAUCCUGACAUUUCUGAUGGCUUUCAGCACAAUGAACCAUAGUACUGCAGUAAUAUUAGUGGUAAGGGUGAGCAUGCAUCAUAACAUUAAUACAUUAUCUUGCAAGGUUUCUAAAUGAAGUACCAACACUUUGCACAUGCAGCUGUUCCUCUUAUUUCUGUUUAUUAAUUUUAGAGAAACAGUGGAAGUAAUACACCAUUGUCAGGAGUAAAUACAAGAAUGGAUAUGGCCAGGAAGUUCAAUUUGAAAUCAGAUAAUAUAAAUGUACUAUUGGUCUAGGUAACAAGUUACAUUCCCUGAAGGAAAAAAAGAUUAAUAUAGGUUGUGGAAACACUUUUUCUCUGGAUGACAUGAUAGGUCACUUUAUUACUGUGUAAGAGUCACAUGCCUCAUCCUCCUGGAAUUAAGAUCAUGCUUGUUUCCCAUAAUGCUUUUGAUUAUCUAGCUUCACUUGAUCCAAAUGGCAGCACACACAUUUUUGCCAAACUUCUGUAGUCCAGAAUUAAAUUCUUGGUUUUCAGUUUCAUUGUUCACAAAUUUCAAGUAUUGGGCCUGAUGCCAGAUUCUUAGAAAAGAAAUGAGAGAAGCAAAAUCAGUUACUAUUCUCUAAGCAUGACAGUACAACAUGGCAACUAUCUACUUGUGAGUCUAGUCUUUUUAAUUACAACUGAGAAACUGAGAAUUAAAUACGGUAACCGGAUCAUAUAUAGUACUAUGGAAUAUAUAACAUUUAGUCAUCUGUAAUGUUACAAGAGAAUUGCUUUCAUAACACACAGCCUAACCAUGAUUUACAAUGCUGUAUUGUAUAAUGUACCCACACCCAUCCUGUGGAAUCUGGUCUUUCUUCAUACAUGUGAUGGAAUGGACUGACUUAAAUGUUUCCAAACCUCAGAAAUAAAUGAUUUAGCAAAGUGA